AUGGAAGAUAGACUCCAGAUGGAUAAUGGACUGGUACCUCAAAAGAUCGUUUCAGUGCACUUGCAGGACUCCACUCUGAAGGAACUUAAGGAUCAGGCUUCAAAUAAGCAAGCCCAAAUCCUGCAGCUGAAUCCUGAACCUUCUCUUGAGAAUAAGCCUGAGCCGGACAUUAUGGAGCACAUUGGCAAAGAGGAAGAACCCAAGCAGAGGAGGGGCAGUGCUGCUGGGGAGAGUGACAGGGGAGGAGGCUCCAUUGAGCAUUUUCACCUGCAUCUAUCUAGUUGCCAUGAGUGUUUGGAACUUGAGAACAGCACCAUUGAGUCAGUCAAGUUUGCAUCUGCAGAGAACAUUCCAGAUCUUCCCUAUGAUUACAGUAGCAGUUUGGAGAGUGCUGCUGAUGAGAUCUUCCCUGAAAAAGAAGAGAGGAGAAUCAAUAUCACGGGGAAGGCCCCCAACAUCCUACUCUAUGUGGGCUCUGACUCCCAGGCAGCCCUUGGCCGUUUCCAGCAGGUCCAGUCUGCUCUGGGUGACUGUGUGGACACUGACAGUUACAUUCUCUACCACCUGCUGGAGGAAAGUGCUCUCAGAGACCCGUGGCUGGACAACUGUCUGUUGUUGGUCAUUGCCACCAUGGAGUCAAUUUCCGAAGACCUGUACCAGAAGUUCAUGGCCUAUCUUGCUCAGGGAGGGAAGGUGUUGGGCCUGUCUUCAUCCUUUGUGUUUGGUGGCUUUCAGGUGACAAGCAAGGGCACACUGCAGAAGACAGUCCAGAGCUUGGUUUUCUCCAAGGCUAACCAGAGUGAGGUGAAGUUCAGUGUCCUGAGCAGUGGCUGCAUUUAUGAGGAGGGCCCUGGAGAGCAGCUCAGCCUGGGCAAGCUCCAGGGCCAUCUUGAGAAUGAGGACAAGGACAGGAUGAUUGUGCAGAUGCCUUUUGGAACACGUGGAGGAGAAGCUGUUCUUUGCCAGGUGCACUUAGAACUACCUCCCAGCUCUGUAAUGGUGCAAACUGAAGAAGAUUUUAAUUUGCUCAAAUCAAGCAAUAUUAGAAGAUAUGAAGUCCUUAAAGAGAUCCUGACAACCCUUGGCCUAAGCUGUGACAUAAAACAAGUUCCUGCCUUAACACCCCUUUACUUACUGCCUGCGGCUGAGGCAAAUCUGUGA